AUGAAGUUAGAAGUGAAGGUAAUCUCCAAAGAAAUCAUCAAACCCUCUUCUCCAACCCCACACCAUCUCCGUCAUUACCAACUCUCUUUUCUCGACCAAGUCUCUCCCAUGGUGUAUAACCCUGUCGUUCUCUUUUACUCUUUCCACGGUAUCGCUGACUUCAACAGAACCUCCGUAUCCGAAAAGCUCAAGAAAUCUCUGUCUCAUGUUUUAACCCGGUUUUACCCCCUUGCCGGCCGACUGAAUACCAACAGUUUCAUAGACUGCAACGACAAGGGCGUUCCCUACUUAGAAGCAAAAGUGAUGGGCAAACUUGUGGAUGUUAUUCAAAAUCCAGUUCCCGGAGAUCUUAACCAUUUGGUUCCAUUUGUACUUGAUGAUAUCACCAAUAUAACAUUUGGUGUUCAACUUAAUGUUUUUGACUGCGGUGGUAUUGCAAUCGGUGCUUGCCUUUCUCAUCAGAUUGCAGACGGUCUAUCGUUUUUCACUUUCCUGAAUUGUUGGGCUGGCAUUGCUAGGGGAGAAGCUGAAGCUGUGUUGCCAAAUCCACAGUUUGUUUCAGCUAAGCUCUUUCCACCGAAAAAUAUAUCUGGAUUUGAUCCUCGAAGUGGGAUCAUGAAGGAGAACAUCGUCUGCAAGAUGUUUGUAUUUGAUGCUUCUACUGUAGAAAAUCUUAGGGCAAGAUAUGCUUUGGAAAACGAGAAGCGCCCUACCCGAGUGGAGGCCUUAUCUGCUUUCAUUUGGAGUCGUUAUGUGGCUGUGACAAGAGAGCAAUAUGGUCCACAUAGAACAUAUGCUAUGAUUCACGCAGUGAACCUGCGUCCAAAGAUGCAACCACCACUGCCUCCAGAUUCCUUUGGGAAUUACUACCGAAUCACUAUGACGAUUCCGUCGCUGAGUACUGGAGAGGAGUGCGUGAAACAGGUGAGAGAUGAGAUUAAGAAGAUUGACAAUGAUUAUGUCACAAAACUCCAAGAAGGAAACGAGCAUUUGGAUUUCCUUAAGGAUAGUUCUUAUAGAGUCCUUGUUAAGGGGGAAUUAGUCUCAUUUAAUAUUACUAGUUUGUGUAGGUUUCCUCUGUACGACGCUGAUUUUGGAUGGGGAAAACCAACGUGGGUAGGUUCACCCGCUUUAACUUUUAAAAAUCUUCUUGUGUUCAUAGACACCAAGAAUGGUGGUGGCAUAGAGGCUUAUGUUAGCUUAAAUGUGGAGGACAUGUCAAAGUUUCAAGCAGAUGAGGAGUUGCUUGCCUGUAUCAACAAUAAGUAG